ACAUAGAAGAAAACCCAACCCCCACUGCGCAGGCGCAUACAAGUCCCUUUCUAUUGUUCCAAGAUGGCAGACCUCCUGGGCUCAAUCUUAAACUCGAUGGAGAAACCUCCUACAGUCGGCGACCAAGAAAGCCGACGAAAGGCUCGAGAGCAAGCUGCCAGGCUGAAGAAGAUGGAGGAGGAGGAGAAAAGAAAGAAAGCAGAGUUUAGGAAGAAGAUGGAGAAAGAAGUGUCCGAUUUCAUCCAAGACAGCUCACAGCAGAAAAGAAAAUACAACCCUAUGGGCAAAAUAGAAAGGAGUAUAUUGCACGAUGUUGCAGAAGUGGCUGGUCUGACCUCUUUUUCCUUUGGGGAGGAUGAGGAGAGCCGCUAUGUCAUGUUAUUUAAAAAGGAGUUUGCUCCGUCUGACGAAGAGCUGGAAGCUUAUCGGAAAGGAGAGGAGUGGGAUCCCAAGCUAGCGGAACAGAGACGCAGGCUAAAAGAACAGGCUGCCCUGGAAGAAGCAGCUUCAGCUCAGACGGAAAAGACACAGGCAUGUCCCAAUUCCAACUACAGAGACAAAUACAGCCACCUGAUCGGCACCUCGGCAGCUAAAGACGCAGCACACACACUGGAGGCCAACAGGGCAUAUGGCUGUGUGCCCGUGGCCAAUAAGAGAGACACUCGCUCCAUAGAGGAAGCCAUGAAUGCAAUCAGAGCCAAGAAACGGCAGAAACGGGAGAACGACACGGGCGCACACAGCAGCAGCAGCAGCUCAUGAGUACAUUUUGUUUCAUGACGUUAGUUUGUCUCAUCCAUCCUUCCUGUGGUUUAACUUACAGGCUUUUAACCUCUUAACUGAUCUGGAAUCUGCUCAGGUGUGUCAGAUCCUGUAACCAUCAGGUCUGUCUCACUUUAAAGCGACGUACAGACACUUUAUGUCACCGCGGCCGUUCACACACCUGAACCAUUACUGCUAAAGUCGUGUUUUAUUCUGAUCCUUGGCUAUGCAGGUUUUAACGUCCAGCUUUAGGGAGCUCCAGCUGAAAGCUCGUACGGAUUUUUCAUAGACCGAAGCAACACCUUGAACUUUUUGUUGUUGACCAGGAUUUUCCUGUAAGGCUCCUCCAGUUUUGCACCUUUAACACAAAAACAUGUUCAUUAGAGGAUGUUUAAACAACAUAUUUGGUUUUUAAAUCUAUAUUUAAGUCUGUGAUUAUAUCUUUGUUGGCUAAACAUCUGCACUGACUUUGAGUUUCAUGUCUUUUUAUUGUAAAAGCCACGUGAGCUGAAUGUGUAAAAGACUCGUUUUAGUCCUGUUGUUUUUCUCAGACGAGCAUUCAGCUAACAAACCGUUUCUUGGACUGUUUUAUUGUGUUUACCCUGUUUUAUUUCCAUGUGUGUGAAUAAAGAUUGGUGUUAUCUC